AUGCCUCGCGCGCGCCUCCCUGCGCUCUCCUCUGUCUCGCGGCCCUCGGCGGCGCCCUCUCCCUUCGCGAGCCGACAGGCGCCGCCGUCUGGUCUGGCUUCGCUUUCCGCUUCCCCCGCGGGCGCUUCGCCGUCGGAGGACGGCAGGCGUGCCUUCCUGCCGAACCCUCUCGUCCACCUCGACGUGGCGAUCGGAGGCCGAGACGCGGGGCGAAUGGUCUUUCAGUUGUUCGCAGACACGCAUCCGAUAACGGCGGAGAAUUUCAGAUGUCUUUGCACUGGCGAGACGGGGCUCGGAUACUGGAUGCGGCCGCGGUGGUUUAAGAGCACGCCUUUCCACCGAAUUAUUCCGGGCUUUAUGUGCCAGGGAGGAGACAUCCACCGCGGCGACGGCCGCGGAGGGGAGAGUAUCUACGGCCAGUUCUUUCGCGACGAGCGAUUUCUGUACAAGCACUCCAAGAGAGGCCUGCUGUCCAUGGCAAAGGCACGGAGACAGCACACAAACAACAGCCAGUUCUUCAUCACGUUUGGCGCAUGCCCGUGGCUAGAUGGCGAGCACGUUGUGUUCGGGCAGCUGCAGUCUGGCGGCGACGUGCUGGACGAGAUCGAGGCCCAGGGCACACCUGGCGGCUGGAGAAAGAGGCCCGUAGAAAUCUGGAACUGUGGCGAGUUGCUCCUCAACACGCUGCGCGAGAUCCCCUCGGAGGCGGCAGCUGCUGCUCGGCAUCGAGACAUGCUCAAGGAUCUUGUUAUUGAUGCAACCGAGCGACCAGAGAAGCUGUACGAGCCUAAAGAGCAGGUGACGCCGAUCCCCGACGACGUAUAUAUCAAGGCGCGUCGGGGUUUCUAA